AUGUCCGUCCCCACUCCCGCAACCCAACCCGUCAAAACCAAAUCCAAAGCCUACUCCUCCACCGUCGCCAUCCAAGGCGAUGCAGCCAAAUACCGUCUCAAGUACAAGGAGCUGAAAAAGAAGGUGCGUGAGAUCGAAGUAGAAAACGACAAACUCCAUCUCAAAACCCUUCGCAUCAAACGCAACAUUCAACGAAUGCGUCUCGAACGCGCUAUUCUCUACGAACGACUCGAAGCUGAAUCACAAGCUACGCCUUCUGUUGCCACUUACCCACCUCCACCACCACCUGCUGUCGUGGCUACGGCUUAUGAUGAGAGGGAUGUCUAUCAGCCCGCUGCGCCCGGGUCUAGUUCGGGUGCCAGGAGAGUAAGUGCUGAAUAUGCCGGGUAUGGCGGUGCCGGAGGAGCAUUAGGGUCGGUGGCAAGUGCGGUUGGGAGAGGAGUGUAUGGAGGAGGAGGAGCGGGGUAUGACGAUUAUCCUCCUCCACCACCGCCACAGAGGGGUUAUGCGGCAUCUUCGUCGUACGAUUCGCCUAGACACCAUUCACCGCAGGCGGCGGGUUCGGUGGGGGAUAGAGCCGAGCGGUUGAGACAGUAUACGGAGAGUCCUAGUCCUGAACCACAUACAGCGGCGAGGAGGGGAGAUGCUGGGACGCCGUCUCCCCGCCAGUCAGCAGAUCCUGCAUCGGCGGAAGCGGGUGUGCCAGCUUCAAGUUCAAGAUCCAGUAUCAAGGUCAAGCUUCGUCGUGGGCUCUAA